AAGGCAGGUUUCUGUUUUUCCAUCAUCCGCCUUUCCGCCUUUUCUCUUUCCGCUCGCGGCGCAGUCCCCUACGUCCUGGUACGGCCCAGUACUACCACCUUCUUUCAAGAUAUCGACGCUCUCUUCAAUACAACAAAAUCCUAUCUUUUUUCUCGACGAUCUAAUAUCAAUAUCAUGUCUCAUCAUCAAUUCGAACGGCGCGAAUGGCGGAAAAUCCACGUAAAUCGGCAGGCAAUGGGCGGGAACUUAGCGUCUACGACGUCGGGGACAGCUGCGACUUCGACUCCGACUUCCACGACCUUGGAAAUCACCACAACCAGCUCAUCUACCUCGACGACCCCUACUUCCACCUUGACGUCGACGUCGACGACUCCUUCCACGACGUCGACUACGUCGAGCACUUCGACCACCUCAUCUACCUCGGCCACCUCUACUACUUCAAGCAGUAGCACUACGUCGGCCACUAGCGCUUCUACAGCAAGUAACACCAGUUCAAUCACGACUGCUACCACGGCUGUGACCAACUACAAUCCCACGACCACUUCUAGCCAUUCUUCAGUUCUCACGACUGAGACAGUAACCAAGUCCACCCAUGUGUCUUCGUCUUCGUUGGCGAGUGCCAGUGCGAGUGCCAGCUCUACGGCCAGCGCUGACACCGGUAUGAGCACAGGCACUAUCAUCGGUAUUGGUAUUGGCUGUUUAGUCGGUAUUGCCUUUGUUGUAAUUGUCAUUGGAUUUCUCAUUCGCCGCUGGCGUCGCCACAGAGAGGACAAGGAUGUAUUUGAUGCAUCCCAGUUCCGUAGCUCGGCUGUACUCCUGGAUGACGAUAUCUCAAUGUCAGGGGAUUCCGGCCGUGGUGGCUCAGGAUGGAACAGUCAUCUGAGGCCUCCAACCAUGAUUGAGCGUCACGUCAAUAACAGCCCCGCUUCGUUCACUCAGCCUCAGUAUGGAUAUGGUCCGCAGCAGCCGACUUCGCCCACCUCUUUCUCUCCAGGUCAGAUCGUGGGACCUGGGCCUUUCAAUGAAAUGGACAUUCCCUCCGGUGGCUUCGAUAACGAUCCUUUCGCGGCGGCUGCGUAUAGCAGGGAUCUAUCUGUGAUCAGCCAUGAUGCCUACUUGACCAGGCAACCUUCUCAGAUGGCCAACGAGGUGCAGCUCAAUAGGGAGCCCUCCCAGGUAUAUCACGCUGAUCCAUUCCAGCAGCAGCAGGAAGCGCAGUACGUAGACUUGAACAGGGUUCCGUCUGUUGGAAGCGCCGAUGCCGUUGGUGUUGCUGUCACCACACCCACUCAGGAGGUUUCUCACGAUUCCUCCAUGACACAACCUGCUGUCGUGUCUUCCAUCCCUUCGUCAGGAGAUCCGAAGCCCACUGUUACGUCUCCUCUCACCUCCCAGGCUGCUUCGGCUCCCGCGCAGUCCAAUCCUAUUGCCAAUGACCCUGCCGUAGCCUCCCGGAACCCCGCCCCUGUAAGUUCCAAGAGGCCCGACACCGUCUACACGGUGUAUGACCCCGAGGAUGCGUACGGCGGCAUGUAAGCGUAUAGCUGUACCUCUUUAUUUAAUAAUCCACACUCUGUCUUCUCUUCAUUCAAGUCCUUUUACCUUUGAUUACGAUUUCAGAUGCUGGUACAUUUACGAUGGAAUAUUUAUUAUACGUCUUGUUUCGGGGCAUGUUGUCCGUGUUGUAUAUAUUCAUCGUAAGGUAUCUUAUUAUGUUACUUGAUACCCAUUUUCUGGUUUUAUGCGGCAGUAGCUUAAGCAAUAUAUUGUGUGGGUGAAAUAUAGUUCCAUCUGAUGAAUAUCAUCGCCUACUUAACGAGUAAAUUUGUUUUUUGUUGGAUUGAUACCUCACGAAGGAUAUGCGCUUUGCGGAUGACGUGCCACAGAGAGCUGUUAACUAUAUUUCAGAUCAAUAUGGG